AUGAGCGAAGAACUAGAAAAAAGAGAGGUCGAGGAUAUAAAGCCCAAGAAGGAAAAGAAGGAGAAAAAGGAAAAGAAGGAAAAGAAAGAGAAGAAAGAGAAGAAGGAAAAGAAAGAUGUAAAAGAGAAGAGAGAUAAGAAGGAGAUCGAAGAGAUUGAGAUCGAUGUGAACCUGGCCACUCCUCUUUCGAAAAAGGAACAGAGAUUGUUAAAAAAGGGUAAGAUAACCUUGGAGGAGCUCGAGAAGCAAAAGAACAUAGACACGCCAGCCCCAGUGGUUAGCAACGUUGAGUCCACUGGAGCUGAGAAAGAAGAGAAGAGAGCAGAGUUCAGUGUGUGGAUUGGUAACAUGGCCUUUGAUACCACAAGGGAGGAUCUUACAAGAUAUUUGGUGGCAAAAUCUGCUACUUUGCCCGAAUACACAACCGAAAUGAAGCCAGAGGAUUUGGCCAAGAUUGAAGAAUCCGACAUAACGAGGCUGAACUUGCCCAGAAACAAGGACAAGAUUAAGGGAUAUGCAUACGUUGAUUUCAAGACUGUGAACCAUUUAAAAACAGCCAUAUCAUUUAGUGAGUCGCAGCUAAACGGGCGUAAUCUGUUGAUCAAGGAUGCGAAAUCAUUCGAGGGCAGACCAGUUCAGGAUCCACUAUCCAAACUGUCCAAGAACCCACCAUCCCGCAUUCUUUUUGUUGGAAACUUGUCUUUUGACACUACCACGGAGUUACUGAAGGAGCAUUUUGGUCACUGUGGUCAGAUCGUCAAGGUGCGUAUGGCUACCUUUGAGGAUAGUGGGAAGUGUAAGGGGUUCUCGUUCAUUGAUUUCAAGGAUGAGACUGGUCCAACCAAUGCCCUCAAGGACAAACUGUGCAAGAAGUUAAUAAACCGUCCUCUGAGACUGGAGUUCGGUGAAGACAGGUCCAAGCGUGCUCCGAAGAGGAAAGCCCCAGAAGGACAACAGCAUCCGAUACAAGAGGUGGGUCACACUCCAGAACCAGUGGAGAGAGCUGAAAGACCAGAGAGACCGGAGAGAUCUGAGAGACCAGUGCAAAAGGAUGACAGGAAGAAAAGGAGGUUUGACAACGACAGAGGUUCCAACAAGAGACCAAAGUCGUCUGUUGCCUUGGCUAAUGCGCAAAGAGCGAGUGCAGCCAUCGUUGCUUCCACUGGUACCAAGGUGAAGUUCUGA